AUGCCUCGUAUUCUCGAUCGCAAUCACGAAAUCAAAUGCUGGAACGAGUGUGCCUUUUUUGAUGCACGUCUUACAUCUGACAUAAUUACUAAUCGAUAUUUUGAUAGCACGACGGUAACUCCGGUCGUUACGACACAAACGCCAGACACAGAAACACAAGUCAUCGGCGUUACAAUUGGUGUAGGUGGACCAACAAUCACUUCUCCUUCUCAAAAUGCAGGCGACUUGAUUUCAAGUGCUGAGAGAAAUGAUGACCUUACAACUUUGAGUAAUGUUAUGAUUUUAGGAUAUCUCAAGGGAAUCAUGGUUAUACUUGUACGUGUACAUGGGAUUAGCAAUGAUAUAAUAAUACAUGAAUCAUUGCUCGAUUUAAAGCUAGUAUUCUAUCCGCACAUUGGAGCAAAUAUAGCUGCUUUGCUACAGGAAUCAAUUCAAGAAUGGAAUUUUGAAGAAAAAACAAUAGUAAUUGCUACUGAUAAUGCCUCAUCAAUGGUUAAAGCACUUUUAUUAAUGCCUG